AUGCCUUUACGCAUCAUUCUCUCUCCUCCGCCCGUCGAUAUUGAUGAUGGCCUUUCUUCUGCUACUUUAUCACCCAUAACGGCAUCUUGCAAAUUGAGCAGUGGAAUCGCUUCUCUCAGUUCACCUCACAGACAAUCCUCGCAAGAUUCGACUUCUUUACUCUCACCUGGUGGGACAGAUGCAUCGCAUACAUCAAGUUCUGGAGCAAGUAGAUUGAGAUCAGUCAGCAGUCCAGUCGAUGAUGGUUCAACAGAAGGUUCUUCGUUCUCACAAGUAGGUCCAGGAUAUGAUUCAUACAAUCCCAUGUUUCCGUAUCGCGGAGGAACAGCAAAGAAUGAUUCCAGUGCAACGUCGUCAAAUUCGCCUUCCAUCAGAGAUCCGUUGGGUAGGAAACAACCAACUGCAUUGCCAUCUUACCUCAAGAUUCCAACUUUGAUUCCCAGUGCAUAUGCAUCGCCUACCUCUUCUGAACCCUCAUCGCCCCAUCCAGCUGACCGAGUGACGAUGGAAGACGAUUUCGGAAGUAGUAUGGAAGGACAGCCUCCAUCAGCGUCACAACAAUUAACACCUGCAGUCACAACACAGACAAAUAGACAUGCGUUGGGAGGCUCUGCGGCUGUUGCAAUUUUGAAUACGGAAGAUGUACUCUUGGCACCGGGAGAAGCUGGAAAGGUUACCAGUCCAUUGAUGGAUGAAUCCGAUUCAAGUCGAGAUAUCGAGCUUGAAAAGGAAGGUUUGACCAAAGAACACACUGCAGAUAGCACAAGCACCUCUGAACGCUCAAUUGCAGCCACUAUCUCCAGCACUGCGUCAGAUCAAUCGACCGAUCAAAGACAGAAUAAUUCAAGGACACCGACACCUACUCCUGGCAGCAUGGGAAGCGGCAGAGCAAUGACGCCAACAGAAGCAAAAUCGGGUACUUUGACAUCUUUGUCUUCUUCUAAAUCUACUGAAGCAGCUCGACUGGCACAAGCAGCUUUGGCAGCAUCGAAUACUGAUCAAAUGAGAAGGCCAAGCUUGCAGUUGUACACAGGAACGGAAAGUGGUGCUGCAACGCCUGCUCUACCGAUCGGUUUGACAUCUGCACCUUCAAGUGCUUUGACGCCAGCUAUACCGACGUAUGGAUCAGACAACACCAAUGAAUCAAGCCCGACAACACCUUUGACGAAAGAGACAAAUAGUCUUAAGUUGACAUUACCGGAAACAACACCAACUGCAAAGGAGCCAGUAAGAGGUCAUCCUGUUACUACACCUCCAAAAGGGGAACAUCGUUCACAAGGUCAUGUUACAUCACCUUCUCAUCAAAGGCAGAGUUCUGUGCCGCUUGUUCCAAUCGUUGUCAAAUGGCGUGGAGGCGGUAAGGAAGUUUUUGUGACUGGUACAUUUGCCAAUGAAUGGCGAUCGAAGAUUUCGUUACGAAAGAGUCCAACAUCAACAGGCAAACGUCCAGAAUAUUCUUGUGUUUUGCAUUUGGCUCCAGGAACGCAUCGAUUGAAAUUCAUUGUGGAUGAUCGAUGGAGGGUCAGCAGAGAUCUUUCCACUGCCAGUGAUGGUGAAGGUAAUUUGACAAAUUAUAUUGAAGUGGCACAUACCGGACCUGCCCAUCCUGGACCUCUAAGUGCACCAGGAGAAGACCUUCUUGCGCCUAUGGAAGAAGAUGAAAACAAGGGAAAGAAGCAAGGGUUGUCAGCGCAUAAAGCUGCAGUGGACUUGCUGGAAGAAGCAAGAAGAGCAGAAGCAUUGCAACGUGGUAAUCUGCUGGACGUAUUUGGGGAAGACAAAGUUCGACAUGAAGAGAGAUGGACGCAAGAGAUUCCACCAAGCAUUGUCAAAGCACAAGCAUCUGAAGAGGCUUAUAGAAAUGAGCUAGAAGCGUUCCAAGCCAGUUCCGAAAGCAAGUCUUCCCGUCAUCACAAUAGCCGAGAUGCACCUGCACCUCCAGUUGAUGUUCCCGUUCCACCAACUCUUCCACGUCAACUCGAGAAGGUGAUCUUGAACAGUACUUCGGCUGCUGUUUUGGGAACUGUGGAUGAUAAUAGUGUCUUGCCCGCACCCAAUCAUGCCGUUUUACAUCAUUUAACAGCAAGUGCGAUCAAAUCUGGAGUGAUUGCAACUGGCUGUACAGUUCGUUAUCGUAAAAAGUACAUUACAACCGUGUAUUAUCGAGCCGCAUCUUGA